CUUUAUAUAUCUUUUCAAGUAAAAGUUGAGUUUGAGGUAGACAAUAAUGGAACUGAAGCUAGAAGUGACCGGAAGAGAAGUGAUCAAGCCUUCUUCACCCGCACCUCAUCAUGAUCGCCUCCAACUUUCCUUGUUCGAUCUCAGCUGUCCAGCAAUCUACGUGGCAACUACCUUCUUCUUCAAAUCCAUCACCGGAUCAGAGUCCCCGGAGUUCAUAUCCCGGAGGCUUAAAACCUCUCUAUCCGAGACUCUCUCACGUUUCCCUCCUCUUAGGGCUGGACAUCUAGAAGGCAUCUCCUUAUCCUGCAACGACGAAGGAGUCAUCUUCACCGAGGCACGCACCGUUCUCCUCCUCUCGGACUUCCUGAGAAACCUCGACACCGACUCUCUUGCAGAGUUUCUCCCUGAAGUCGAGCAGGGAGAGUCUGCGGGGACGUGGCCUUUGCUGAGAGUCAUGGUCAGUUUCUUCGGGUCAGGAUCAGGAGUCGCGGUCACUGUUGGCAUCUCUCACCAGAUCUGCGACGCAGCCUCACUGUUAAACUUUGUCCGAGCCUGGGCCGAUACAGCGAAAGGGACAGCAACAAGUGUUCCUGUUCCUCAGUUCGCGGGAACUACAAUCUACCCUCCUCCUUAUAGCUCUUACCAGUCUCCUUCGCUUGAUGACCUCUACGAGCUUCGAGGAAAAUGUGUAACCAAGAGACUCGUCUUUAAAUCUUCCAAGAUCGCUGAGCUUAAACUCAAAGCCGCUAGCGAAAGCGUCCCGGUGCCUACACGUGUGGAAGCCAUCAUGUCGCUUAUUUGGAGAUGCGCCGCAAAAGCCUCACGGUCUAACUCACUUUCUCCAAAGUCAACGCUGAUGACUCAAGCUAUGGACUUGAGGCUUAGGAUCCCCACUAAUGUUUUGCCGGAAAACGCAAUGGGGAACCUACAAUCUGCUUUCUUUCUCAAGAGAGAGGCAGAGAGCGAGUUGGAGAUCGGUGAAAUCGUGGCUGAGUUUAGAAAGAUUAAAGAAGGUGUCAACGAGAUGAUUAAGGAGAAUCUCCAAGGCUGUAAUAAUAAUGAUACUACCAUCACCACCACCACACUUGGUCAGAACUUGUUGACUGCGAUGGGAAGUUUCAUGUCGGAGUACUUAAGACCGGGUAUAGACUUGUACACAAUGUCUAGCUGGUGUAGGAAGCCUUUCUAUGAGGUUGACUUUGGAUGGGGUAAUCCGGUAUGGAUUGGACCUGCUUCUCAUAACAUCUACGAUAACAUAGUGUUCGUGGUGUUGAUGGACUCAAAGGAUGGUGAAGAUGUAGAAGCUUGGGUAGGGAUACCAAAACAAGACAUGGCUACUUUCCUAUGUGAUGAAGAGUUGCUUUCUUAUGCCAUUAUAAAUCCCCCAGUGCUGAUCUAAAUAAGAUUCCAAGCCAGUCAGUAACAUCUCAAUGUAUGGGUGGAAAAAUUGUAGUGGAUAUUUAAUAAUUGCUAUAUGCUUGAUUUAAUAAAAUGUAUGGCUGUUUGCAUUUAGCUACGGUUUGAAUAGUGUUUUGUCGUGCUUGGGGUUUCUUAUGGAUACAGAAACCAACCGAACAUGUAAGAUGUAUUACUGGAUACUGGUCUGUAUCUAAUGAUAUUGUUUGCAUUA